AGCGCCAUUAAAGAAGUUGAACAGUUGUACACUAUUAGCCUGAGUUCCAGAGGAAGCUUUUGCUCAGUUCGUGUCUAACGGCCACAGUAUGCUGCAAGCUUUACCUCGUAGCUCAAGGAAUGUACCGUAAAAGUCACAAGGGAACAAUAAGUUGAUCUUUUUUUUAAUUCAGCAAUUAAACAUAUGACCAAGUCAUUAAAAUUCUGUUACUAACUAUCAGUAAGUUCCAAGAUCUAAGCCUCAAUGCAACUGAAUCCUUGAUUUCCUCACUUGUAGACCUCAGUCAGUUUGGAUUGGUAAUGACAUCUCCUCCAUGAUCUCUAUCAACACAGGUGCAUCACAAGGUUGUGUGCCUAGCCCCCUCUCUACUUGCUUGAUGCUUAUGACUGUGAGGCUAAGCACAGCUCCAAUGCCAUAUUCAAGUUUGCUGAGGACACCACUGUCGUGGGCCGAAUGGUGACCAAGCAGCAUUUAGGAGGGAGAUUGAAAACCUUGGCUGAGUGACGCCACCACAACAGCCUUUCACUCGAUGUCAGCAAGACCAAGGAGCUGACUACAGGAAGAUGAAACCAGAGGUCCACGAGCCAGUCCUCAUCAGGGGAUCAGAGGUGGAGAGGGUCAGCAACUUUAAAUUCCUUGGUGUUAUCAUUUCAGGGGGUAUGCCCUGGGCCCAGCAUGUAUGUGCCAUUAUGAAGAAAGCAUACCAGUGCUCUCUUAGAAGUAUGUAAGGAUUUGGCAUGAUGUCUAAAACCUUGACAGACUUCUUUAGCUGUAGAGUGGAGGGUAUACUGACUGGUUGCAUCAUGGCCUGGUAUGGAAAUGCAAAUGCCCUUGAAUGGAAAAGCCUCCAAAAAGGUAGUGGAUACAGAUCAUUUACCCAUCAUGAGUAAAGCCCUCCCCACCACUGAGCACAUCUACAAGCAGUGUUGUCAUAGGAAAGCAGCAUUCAUCAUCAGAGCCAUGCUGCCAUCAGGAGGAAGGUACGUGAGCCCCAGGACCCACACCACCAGGUAUAGGAACACUUAUUACCCCUCACAAAUCCCACUGGGGACAAUUUCACUGCCCCCCCCCCCCACCGCUGAACUGUUCCCACAACAAAUGGACUCACUUUCAUUGACACUUUGUCUCAUUUUAUUAAUAUUUCUUGCAUUUUUUUGUUUAUAUGUAUUUGCCUUGAAUGCCCACAAGAUGAAAAAAAUCAAUUUAUUUACUAUCCUCCUCUAUAUCUGUGGUCUUCCUCCUGUUACAACUCAAGAGAAAGAAUCAGCCUCAUCACAAGUGAAUUUCCUCGUUAUCACGUGGGAUUGAAUUGGUAAAUGUGUUCAGAAGCCUGGUUUUGAUUGAGUUCAACGAAUGAUAUGCUUUUCAUGAAGCAGGCUAGUUCCAAUCACUUUUCAACUAAUCGAAAUGUUCAACCUUUGUCUUUACCAGAAUGGCUUAGGGGAACAAUUCAAAAUGACCACUAUAAAAUAACGUUUAUUUUUACAAAGGGGCAUAAAUGAGGCAAAUUCUUUGUUGCCCCCAUGCACCAGACUUGUUCCAACAGGGCUGUGUCAUGGUGAGCCAGAGAGUGAAGCCAGUACCUUCGUGUGGCAAAAUGUGACUCCAGAGGGUCUCAGCACAAAUAACCAGCUGUUCAGUGUUAGGUUUUGUAACUCUAAAAUAUGAAACUAAUUGAAAGUAAAAACAGGGAGUGAGGAAUGCCUCACCAGAUGUCAAAGCUGUCAAUGAGUUUCACCUUCAGAUACCCAAAAAAGUCAGAAUCUUUCUAAUAACUUAAAAAUCUUUCUGUGUUAAACACACACCAUUAAAAAUAUUUUUCAACAUCUGUUCAGAAAAAAAUUAAAACUUGCUUUCUUUUGUAAUCUAUUUAUUAUUUAUUUAUUAUCGUUUUUUUCCUUUUAUGUAUAUGCACAGUAUGUUGUCUUGCACAUUUUUAAUCUGUCUUUGUUGUGUGCAGCUUCUCAUUGAUUCUGUUUUGUUUCUUAGUAUUUAUUUACUGUGAAUGCCUGCAAGAAAAAUCUCAGGGUGGUAUAUGGUGAAAUGGAUGCACUUUGAUAAUAAAUUUACUUUGAACUUUUGAACUUCGAACUGAAAGAAAAUACACAGUACUGACCUGGUUUUAUUUUAAUCUAGUUUAAUCUAUUUUAAAUAAAUAUUUAUUUCUGUGUCUAGCACACUGCCCAUUACUCCUAUUCAAUAUAAUUUUACUGGACAGCAGGAAUUCAAUUCUUAUUUUCUCCAUUAUCAUUCAUUCAUGCAAGAAAAUUCUUAUGGCUGCAUCUAGACUUUGAACUACCGUUCUCCUGUCACAUGGUUCAUGACAAGGAGACCGUUGCAUAAAAGGUAACUGCAGGGAGAUAGGGACCUCAGUAUCAUUGUCUCAAAUCAAGGAGGAACAUUCUUGUUUGCAGCUCAGUAUAUUUACAUGGCAUGAGAGAAUAAGUUGGCAUGAACUUUGCCCCAUGAUUGGUAGCUGUGCUUUUUUUGCUGUGAGUACACUUCUCCAAACAGCCUGAUAGAGACAGAAGAAAUGUCUGAUAAAAAACGCAGAUGGCAAGAGGAGAAAGGUGGAGGGUAUACACCUGCAGUCAAGAUUCUGCGGGAGACGUUAACUGAACCCGCUGCAUUUGCCGAUGAAACAAGCUGCCAGUGCAGAGCUCCUCAUGAAAGGCUGACUAUUGCUCAGGCCCGCUUUGGAACACCAAUCGACAGACCAGUGAGAGUUUAUGCAGAUGGAAUAUUCGAUCUCUUUCACUCAGGUCAUGCUCGAGCUCUCAUGCAGGCUAAAAACCUCUUCCCAAAUACGUACUUACUUGUGGGAGUAUGCAGUGAUGAUUUAACACAUCAGUACAAAGGUUUCACUGUCAUGAAUGAGAUUGAGCGGUAUGAUGCCCUGAGACACUGCCGCUAUGUUGAUGAGGUUAUCAGGGAUGCUCCAUGGACACUGUCCCAAGAGUUUCUGGAAAAACACAAGAUUGAUUUUGUGGCACAUGAUGAUAUUCCAUAUUCCUCUGCUGGAUCGGAUGAUGUCUAUAAACACAUUAAGGAAGCUGGUAUGUUUGUUCCCACACAAAGAACAGAAGGUAUUUCUACCUCUGACCUAAUCACCAGAAUUGUACGAGAUUAUGAUGUUUAUGCCCGACGUAACCUCCAGAGAGGUUACACAGCCAAAGAGCUUAACGUUAGUUUCAUAAAUGAAAAGAAGUAUCGUUUCCAAAACCAGGUUGACAAAAUGAAAGAAAAAGUGAAAAAUGUAGAAGAAAAAUCAAAAGAAUUUGUUUACAAAGUAGAGGAAAAAAGCCAUGACCUUAUACAAAAAUGGGAAGAGAAAUCACGAGAAUUUAUUGGAAACUUUUUAGAGCUGUUUGGACCAGAUGGAGCUUGGAAACAGGUUUUCCAGGAGCGAGGUGGUCGGAUGCUUCAAGCAUUGUCUCCAAGACAAAGUCCCUCAAGCAGCCCAACAAGAGAACGGUCGCAGUCUCCCACGUUCCAGUGGCCAUUUAGUAAAACUUCACCCCCAUCUUCACCGAAAGCUGCUUCUGCCUCUGUCAGUAGCAACAGUGAUGGAGAGGAGGAUGAAAACUGAAUGAUAAGGAAAAGCAGUACAUGAGCAGAUGAACAGGAUCAGCACUGAUACUAUCUCAGGCAAACCGUGACCUUUCUCUUUUGCUCUCCAUUAUUCUCAGGCAUUUAAUAGAAUUUGAUCAUUACUAUGAUUACAACAAGUUGAUUGUGCAUACAUCACAAACAGUAGUGACAAGAUCGUACCAUCCUCCCCACUGCAGGAAUUAGCUCUAUAUUUAAUAUUGAUGCAGCAGUAUAAAUGGUUCCCAAUUUGCUAGAGAAUAUCAUACGAGACACCCAUCAAUGCAAAAUCAAAGCAAUCUUAGAGGGCAACAGUUAUGGGAAUUAGUAGAUAAAAGACUUCAGACUGGUACUAUGAAAAUUUGCUAAAAAGGGAUGACCCCACAUAUUAGACAAAGCACUGAAGGCAGAUUUUAAAACUUCUUAUUUAAUAACCUAACUCAGAAUUACAACUUCCCUAGCAUAGCUUCUUAUAUAAAUAAUUAGUAACACUCCUUCAAAUUUAAUAUAAAAUGACUUUAAAAAUAGGUAAAGUCAAAAUAACACACCUUGUAAUAUUUGCAAUCUUCUGAAUUAUUGAGCAGGUUGGUAGAUUCUUAUGUAUGUCUCAGAUAUAGAAUUUACUUCAACUAUAUAUGUUUCACAUUUUCGUUUUAUAAGACAAAGUGAAGUAAAGCAGGCAAACCCUACUUUUAAAGCUGACUGUGGAAACAGUGCUGUGAAUUAACAUAUGGCUUCAAAUGUACAUGCAGUUAUUGGCCUUUAAAGCUCUUUGCAAUCUGUGCUGAAGACGUCCCAUGAGUUAAAAAUCAUCAUUACUGUGCUGUUAAAAUUCAGGAAAACAAGCUAUUCUGGUUUCUAUUCCUUUCCUUUCCAGUCCAAAUGAAGGGUCUCAGCGCGAAAUGUUGAAUGUUUAUUCCCUUCCGUAGAUGCUGCCUGACUUGCUGAAUUCCUCCAGCAAUUUGUGUGAGUUGCUCAAGAUUUACAGCGUCUGCAGAAUCUCUGUAUUCACUGUAUGAGCUUCCUAUGACAUUCUAAACAAGCUCCAGAAAUACUUAAACAAUUAGUGCUGCUAAAGAUAAUUAGAUAUUGCCCAAAGGUAGGGCUGGUAUCUAUUGAUGAUCUGGUAAUAUUGAUGUUCCAACAAAUCUCUCCCUCCAACCUUUUCAAACCAAAAAGAGAACAACUGAAAACAGUUUCAUAUCUGUAUGUAAAAGUUUGCUCGUAGAUUUUUUUAUAUUGUACUUUUUUCAUCAUCCCUUUCCUAUUUUAGUUAAAUCUCUCUUUCCUGUUCUAUUUUUUCCUUCUAUUUUGAAUUUACUUCUGUUUCAUCCUGUUCUUUUGCUGUUGCUUUCUGCGUUAAAAUUUCAUUGGUUAGAAUCACACAGCCCUGUCUCUCAGCCGCACAUUCAGUCCACUGUAUUCCCACCUACACCAAUUCCAUUUGGUCCAUGGCCUUCUAUGACUUGGCAAUGCCAGUGCUCAUCCAUUUGCAUCUUCAGUGUUGGGAGGGUACCUACCUGCAGUACCCACUCAGACACUGCAAUCCAGAUUUCAACCAGCCCCCAGGUGAACAUAAAUCUUCCUUUUAAAUCUUUUACCCUAAACUUGUGUCCUCCAGCUAAAGAUUCAUCUGCUGUAAGGAACAGUGUUCAACUUUCUACGUAAUCUAUGCCUCUUAUAGUUUUGGUUCCCAGUCAGCUGCUUCUGCUUCAAGAAAAACAAAUCCAGUCUUUCCUUGGAACUGAAAAGUUCCAGCUCAGGCAUCAUCCUGGUAACUCAUCUGCAACCUCUCUGGUUCAUUUACAACCUUCCCAUUUUGUGGCAGGAGUGUUUUAUAAGGUUGUGCUAUGACCUCAUUGCUCUUUUAUUCUUUGCCUUACCUACUUGUGCUGUCAAAUUUAGGGAUCCAUGAACUUGUCACACAAAGGUCCCUCCCUCCUGAAUAAUCCCUUGAGCCCUUCUUUUCGGGGUACAUGUCCUAUAUUUUAUUGGCCUUCCAACAUCCAUUAUCUCUUUGACAUCAGGGUUAAGUUCCACCUACUGAAAAUAACCCUCUCACUGUCAGCACCACAUGCCACAGAUUUUCAAUCACAAAAGCAACCAUCCUCCUUGUCCUACUACCAAGCCUACUGUGGAUGCAUUUUGUUAACUUGCCUUGGAUUCUGUGGGAUCCAACUUCUUAGACCAGUUUUUCAUGAGGGAACUACUUGGUUUAUUUCUGAUGUGCUUCUUGAAUAAAGGUUCUGUCAUGCUUCUUGAGUAAAGGCCGGACACUUGGUGUGUCCAGCAAUCUGCAACUUUACCUAUGGCCACUGAAGAUUUUAAAGUCUUUGCCAAAGCCCUAGAUGGCUCCUUCCUUGCCUCCCAUAGCGAAUAAGACAGAUCUUAAAUAGAUUAUGCUCAAUAAAGCAUCUUUUUAAUGCUGUAAAACAUCCCUGUCCUCCUCCCUGAAAUCUGUAACUACGUCUUUCUCUUUGGUAAAUACUGAUAAGUAUUCACUUAAGACCUCAUCCACAUCUUCUGGCUCCAUCUUUUGGUUGCACUUUUGAUCCUUCACAAACAUUUCUCUUGCCCCUAUAAUACUUAUAAAACGUUUUGGAAUUCCCUUUAUACUUGUCUGCCAAUGAUAUCUUGUAGUCCUUUACUUUCCUGUUUUUUGUGUAGCCCCUACACUUUUGGUAUUCCUGAAGGGCUUUACUUAUUUUCAAAUCUCCAUACCUGUCAAUAUGCUUCUAUAAUUUCAUUAUCAAACCUUCAAUAUCCCAUAACAUUUAGGGUAUCCUAGACUUGCCUUCCUUACUUUUCACCCUUACAAGAGCACUUUACUCUGAAUUUUCGUUUGAAGAAUGUCUCUGUAAUUAAGUUAGUCCUGUUUUGGUUCAGGUGCAGCCUGUUCUGCCUGUGCAGAUGUCAUCUGUGUACUCAUUUUUGUUUGCAGUGUCACCUUUUCACUAAGUAAACUCUACAAUGUUCUCAGCACUAUGUGCACUCCAUAAUGAGUCAAUCCUCGGCUCCAGAUGGGCAUUGCAAUCACUUAGGGGCAGAAGCUGGGCAACUUAUGGUGCACAGGUUACCAGGGACCCUUGAAGUUUCCGAAAUUUCCCACAUAUAGAAUGGGAGCACUCCAUUGCACAAAGUCCUGAACAGAAUUGAACUGAGCCCUUAGUUACUCAUUUUAAAGCACUGAUAAUGCUAGGGACCCCAUUCCUCUCAAAACCCUACCAACUGUAAUUUUAAAAAUCUCCACCUUUACUUUUACUUCAAUAAAUGAAAGAAGCAUGGAAAAGUGGAAAUGUGUACUUGUUGCUGCUCGCCAAUCAGCUGCCAUGUCUUUUGGUCUCCAUCAGGCGGUUAAGUUCUAUUUAUGCACCAAUCUUCGUCCCACUGCUCUCUCCUUGUCUUCACUUGCCACGGCCACUGACUUUAUGGUUAAGUAAGAUAGAAUAUUAGCUCUCUCAUUUAUCAAGGUCAUUGAGGUUCCAUUUUCUGCUCUAUGGGAUACAAUGAGGUUGCCCAAUACGAGCAAAUUUUGAGCCAUCAAUCGGAGAUCAGAAGUUGUGACUUAAGAAUGACAGCUUCAAACGGUAAAGUGGGUUUUAUAAUGUAUUGAGGCAAACUUUGGAUGUUAUGAAAAUAAAUGUCCACUUUCCCAAAAGCACAUUAAAGGAAAACUCAGCCUCAGUUUAUAAAACUGAAUAACAUGAGAGCUAUCCUUCACUCGACAACCAGAAACAGCUUCUAGCAAUCUCACUGACUGACUCAAGGGCAGAGCAGGACCUAACUCUAGUUAGGGAAUAAUGGUCUUAUCCCCUCCAUUUUUGACCUUUUUCUACGAUGUUUAAUAUAGACAAAUUGGGUAUAGUCUUCAGUCAAUUAUAGUUAGAGGGCAACGAACAAGUGAUGAGAUGUAAUUCACCACAAAUUUAAACUUAGACAUUUGCUCAGUACCUCAAUUAAUGUGGUUACUUUAUUGUUGAAUGAAAUAUACUACAAGUGUUUGAGAAACCAAAUUUGAAGCAUAUACAAUCUUUAUUAUGACUGUGAAUGUUGAAAUUCAGAGACAAUUGAUGGGAAGGAUAAGACUCAACAUAUAUAUGUUAAUAUAUACAUAUAUAUUCAGUUUCAAAAUAGCUUAAUAUUUUUGUGGUGGUUCAGUAUGUUGGUGUUCUUACCCAACUUUCCCCACCUUCUACAGCUUCGUUUAGCAAGCAUGUUUUGGAAUGGUGAGCUUUUAUUAAACUUAUAGGCCAUUCGAUUUUAUUUCAACUAAUGAUGGGAUGCACUACUUUAACACCAAGGUACAAUACAUAUUUAAAAAAAUGAUGGCUAGUCUCUUUCCAUGGACAUUCUCCCAAUUAGACUGCUGUACUGAUCUCGGAUUACUGAUGCUGAACACCUCCCCAGUCUUCUGUAUGGAGGAGAAAGCUGAAUGUAAGAGCAACAGGCAUGAAAAUGAGGAAUACUAAUGGAAGCACAGGUUCAUCAGUGCCAUUGUCCUCUGAUUUCCAUAGUUAUAAUGCAGACGUCCCAUGACCAGAUCAUAUAUAUUCCCGCAUCAGAUAUAACAGAUGGAAAUUUUUGAUCCAACUUAGCGUUGAUUGGCCAGCAAUGAAGGGGGUUUAUAGGUUGAAAAGCUCUGGAGAUCUUCAGCGGAUUUCCCACAGAAAGACAGUGACUGUCAUCUGUGGAUCUGUAUCAUCAAAGUCUUUAAUGACUUUAAAGUCAGAUUUAAAAUUUUCUACAUUAAUAUUUUCUUUAAUACUCAAGCAGAAUGAAUUCUGAUCAGAAUCCGGUUCAAUAUUCCUGGCGUAUUCAUUGUAAGAUUCAUUGGUUUGCGGCAGCAGUGCAAUUCAUAAUAUUGUAAUUUAUAGAUUUUCAAUUUUAUAUAUAUUUAAAUAAGUAAUGCAAAUAGAGAGAAAAUAAUGAAAUAGUGAGGUUGUGUACAUGAGAUCAUUGUCCAUUCAGAAACCUGGUUGCUAAAGGAAAGAAGCUGUCCCUAAAAUUUAGCUCUUCCUUGAUGGUAGGAAUGAGAAGAGGAAUCGUCCUGGGUGAUGGGAAGGGGUGUCUUUUAUGGUAGAUGAUGGCUGUCUGAGCCACCAUCUCUUGACGACGUUCUCGCUACUAGGAUAAUUAGUUCCUAUGAUGGAGCUGGCUGAGUCUACAACUUGCUGCAGCUUUUUCUGAUCCUGUGCAGUGGCCCCUCCAUACCAGAUGGUGAUGAAACCAGUUAGAAUGCUCUCCACUGUACAACUGUAGAAACUUGGUACAUUUUUGAUAACAUACCAAUUCUCCUGAAACUCCAAAUGAAAUGUAGUUCCUGCUGUGCCUUCUUUGUAAUUGCAUCAAUAUGUUGGCCCAGGGUAGAUCUUCAGGGAUGUUGACAUCCAGAAACUUGAAACUGCACACCCCUUCCACUGCUGAUCCGUCAGUGAGGACUGGUGAGUGUUCCCUCAGGUUCCCCCUCCUGAAAUCCACAAUCAAUUCCUUGGUAUUACUGACAUUGAGUGCAAAGUUGUUAUGCAACACCAUUCAACCAUCUUAUCUAUCUCACUCCUGUACGUAUCCUUGUCACCAUCUGAUAUUCUGCCAGUAAUAGUUGUGUUAUCAGCAAAUUUAUAGAUGUCCUUUGAGCUGUGCCUAGCCACAUAGUUAUGGGUGUAGAGAGUGGAGCAGUGUGCUAACCACACAUUUUUUGAGGCGUGCCAGUGUUGAUUGUCAGCGAGAUGUUAUUUCUGACCCACACUGACUGUGGUCUCCUGAUGAAGAAGUCCAGUUGCAGAGGGAGGUCACAAGGCCCAGGUUUUGGAGCUUGUGGAGUAGUACUGAGAGUUUGCAUUAUAUAAAAUUUUAAUGACUGUUUGAUGGUUAAUAACUGAUCAAAAAUAUCACAAAGUCAAAAUUACCAAGCCUUCAAUAGCACUUCACUCACCCCUAGCAUCUAUUACAAAAGUCUCUGCAAACAAUAAAAUGGUUUAAAAUGUUUAAAUCAAAAUAUCCCAUGCACCUUUCUUUUUAUAUUAUUAGAUAACUCUAAUUUCAUUAGAGGAUUAGGGAAUAUUAUAAUCUUCUCUCUCACAUUCAUCUUACUCCAGAAUUAUAGAAAUGUACAGAGUGAAACACUUAUGUAUUGAACUUAAGGUGUAAAAAAAAUGAACUUUUUUCUACAUGAAGUGUGGAUAGCUGCUGUCAACAAUAGUAUAAAAUGCUGUCAAUUAAGAGUGUGAUAGCUAUAAUAUAUUAAAAAUAGACACACGCAAAUACAGGUUUGAGACUGAUUCUGAUUCUAGUAGCUAUCCAGAUGAAGACCUAAACCUGCUAAAUAGCAUCCCUCACAAAAUGCUGGUGGAACGCAGCAGGCCAGGCAGAGUUUCGGGCCGAGACGUCCACAGCGUUUCUCCCUAUUGAUGCUGCAUGGCCUGUUGCGUUCCACCAGCAUUUUGUGCAUGUUGCUUGAAUUUUCAUUAUCUACAGAUUUCCUCGUAUUUGCCUUAAAAUAGCAACCCUGGUUUCUUUCAUAGACGAUGAAUAAUUGAUUUAGUUUGCGUGGAAAUUGCUCAAAUAUGGAAGGAUUCCAGUUGCCCAAAAUGGCAGAGUAGUAAUAUUUUUUCCCAGAAUUGAAACAAAAACAAUCUUGUAUCAAUUCAUAAUCCCAUUCUCCUGUGUGAUUUGUAUGGAUGUGAGUGAACAUUAUUUGUUUUCCAAAUAGCUUAAUGGAGCAACUAAAAUGUUACUGUGGUUUUCAAAAUACCAUUAUGAAGUAAGGAGCUUUUAUCAUUUAAAUGAGGAAUUGUUUCUAAUAACACUAGAAUUAAGCAUCAUACAGUUUUUUGUAGGGGAGACUGUUGGCAGAGGAACUCUGACCUUUAACUAGGUUGCAGAAAGCUUCACUUUGGCUCUGCUUGUAGUAAUUUACCACCUAAUGAAAAGACCAACUAGACAAAGCUCACAUUUAACUUCAUGCCACAAGAGGAAGGAGUCUUUAUUCUUUAAUUCUCAGUAGGUUCACUGUUCACAGUAUGAAGAGUUUACAAAUUCCUGAUAGAUUUUUUAUUGCUUUUGGAAUCGCCAACACUUCAGGGUUCUGCUAUACUUAAAAGGAACAAACUUUUGAAAGCAGAACAAAGGGCUACACCAUCUAUAACCUGAGAAGGCCUCUAAAUGAAAUAAUUUUCAUUUUAACACAGUCAAACUUACACUCACUGAUGCUCUUUAUUUGAAGUUAAAAAGUUACCAUGUGGGAAGAUAAGUACAGGAUAAAUUGAAGUUCAUUCUUUUGAAAUGAAAAGGUAGUACAACAGAAGUGAAACUAACUUGGUGUUUUCAACUAUAGUAAAAGAGUUCAUUAAUGCAAAUAUUUUAACCCCAUUAUUAUCUGUAUGAAGGAACGUAGGAAGAUAAAGUCAAGUCGUACCUUCAGUACAUUCUACCAGUCUGUGAGAUCAGUGCCCUAACUCCAAAUACUUAUUAUUGCUCUAAUUCUUUUAAUUGCUUUGGUUAGCAAAAAGUUACUAAUCCCAGAUUUAAAAUGAACUGACCUAGCAACGACUUGCAUAAAUUCAAUGUUUAAAGGAGCUUCCUAAUUUCAUCCCUGACUUUUUAUGCUAUCUUUAUUACUUUGAGCUUCCCAAAUAGCAGAAAUAGUUCUGAUGGGAAGUAUCAAUCUGAAAUGUUAGCUCAGUUUCUUUCUCAACAGAUGCUGACUGAACUGCUGAGUAUUUCCAGAACUUUGUUUUUAUAAUAGAAAUAGCUGUUUUCUAUCUACGCUGUAAAUUCCUUUUGUUAUCUGGAAUACUCUAUUUCAAACAAAUCAAUUCUUAACCUCUAAUUUUUCCUCAGAAUUUAAUUGUUAGAGUCCAAUUUUCAUGCAGGUAAAUCUGUACUGUACUCCUUUCAAUUUUCAAAUUAUUUUUUAUGCAAAACUUUUAAAUGUAAACACAAAGGGCAUUACAGGCAACACAAAGUUCUUGGUCAAGAAAAGUUGACUUUUCAAAAGAACAGAGCCAUACUCACUUUUUAUUCCCCUAUGUAAUUAUUACCCAAGCAAAACCAGAAAAUAAUUAGAACAAAGACUCAUUUAUGCCACUGCUUAGAAAGGAAACUCAGAAAAUGGAGGAAAGUGGUCUGUUCAAGUUUUGUAUGAAAAUGUAAGUUAUAUAAAUGGAAAGACCAGGACUACAGCUUUUACAAAAUUCAGAUCAAUUAGAAAUUGAUUAAUGUAAAUUUCCUAUUCUAAUCGAAAUUUGGUUUAUUUUUCCCCAAAGAUUGACCAAAAGCUGUCCUCCAUUUUGAUUUUCUUUCGACUGUUUUAACCAAGCAAUGUCAUGGCAUAUCUUUUUUGAGGCAUUUGCACUAAAUUCAUUCCAUGUAUCUUGUUUACCAAAAUGUUGAUUCAACUCAUUUAUGAAUACUCCUAGCUUUACUACACCAUUAUUGUGUUCCUCUGUAGACAUUUUUAAGUCAGUUAUUGUACUAGUCACUCAUUUUAAUGUAAAUUGUUAUUUAUUAAGAUACACUGAUUGUAAAAAAAUGCAAAUAAACAAUAAAGACCAAGUUUAAAACAGGUUUGUUCCAGCUAUCUGAUGCA